AUGAAACGACAGAGUGUUUACGUAAACGAUUGUAGCAAGAAAAAGGAUAUAUACAAUAGACUGAUUUUUGUCUUUGGCAAGGAUUAUUGUCGACUUGGUACCGAUGACGAUGACGAUGAUCAUAUACAGUUGUUUACAGAUAUAAAUUUAAGAAUACAAGGUAAUAAUUGUAUUGAUAUAUGGUGCGAAGAAGAAAAUGAUACGAUAGACAUCAUGUUUAGUAUGAUAUGUAUAGCUUUACAAAAUAUUCCGUCACAGGAGCCGAGUAAUUUGAAUAUCUUGAAAGAAUUGAUGGCUGAGCAAUUUGGAGACGAAUUUGAUAGUUCGAGUGGUACUAUUAAAAUUGGUAAAAAUGAAGUUACACUAAACUUAGAAACGAUGGAAAUUGUUGAAUCAAAUUCUAAGCCGUUGAAAGGUAGAGUAGAAAGUAUAAUAAGUAUAGCAAAAAAUUUGAUAAACUAG